CAUGUCUAGCAGAAACAAUAAUAAGCUGCCCAUCAACCUCCCGCAGUUACAGAAUCUGAUCAAGCGGGACCCACCGGCCUACAUCAAAGAGUUUCUGCAGCAGUAUAAUCACUACAAAUCCAACGUGGAGAUUUUCAAAUUACAACCAAAUAAGCCCAGCAAAGAACUGGCAGAGCUGGUGAUGUUCAUGGCACAGAUUGGUCACUGCUACCCAGAACAUCUCAGUAACUUUCCUCAGGAACUAAAAGAUCUGCUUUCCUACAAUCAUACCGUCUUGGAUCCUGAUCUUCGAAUGACAUUUUGCAAAGCUUUGAUCUUGCUGAGAAAAAAUAAUAUAGAUUAG